AAAGGCAUCCCGUUCUCUAGAUCCAAGCACAGAAUGUUCUGAAAAAUUGGUACCGAAAGGGGUCCGCGCGGAGGUAGGGGUUCGCCUUACGGAUUCGUCGAUACGCAUCGAUGAUUUUCAUUUGGCGCUACGCGGUGAUGCCGGGCGAAUCCAGUCAACGAGCGUCGACAAGUGGUGAACGCGUGUUUCUCUCUCUCAAAAAAAAAAUAUUUCCACUUUCUUACUCAUCUUCGACAAAGGAAACGAACAAUUUUAAAAAUAAAAAGCACAUUUCUCAAUGAAAUAUUUCUGUUAAUAAGUGAAACGGUUUUGCUUUGAAAAAAACAACUUCAAACAUCUGUGAAGUUUAUUGGAGUCAACGUGAUCGACAAAUUCCUUCGGUUCAUCUAGAUCCGAGGGUGACAUGGAAUGACAACAAGUCGCGUGUAAAUAUACAGAGUGACAGAAUUUUGUUGGAAAUUGGGGAAUCUGAUCUGUGCUUCAUACAAGAGUGAAAUAGAAUAAAAAUGGAGAGUGACGUUAGUCAGAUGGAGGAUAAGUGCCUCAUUGAAAGGAGGAGAGCGACCACCUUGGAAGAGUGUUCCCAAAUAAUCGAAGUGAACGGCACCGUUCGAUAUAAUAGAGACACGUUCAGGCGUCUUUUUCUGGACCAAAUAUUACUGGAGAAGUUAUUCACGUUGUUCGACCAAAACGAUAAGAAAACACUGAAGCAAGACGAGUGGAUAGAAUUUAUAAAGAGCAGACUAAUGAAUAAAAAGCAUACUUUCAUCGAUCAAUUCGAUAGUGUCGUGUACACUAUAUGCGGCGAGGAUUCUAUAAACCUCGCGAACUUUCGACGGAUAUUUGCCACUAAAGAGGUCGUAGACAAAUUAUUUCGCCUGAUUGACGAAGAAAAUGAGGGCUGCGUGUCUUCUAUUCAAAUUAUGGAUUUCAUCACGAAUCUCACCGACAGAAGACCACGUGCCGGAUUUGACAAGGCUAGUUUAGAAUGGUUGGAAAAGAUUUUCAAGCAAAUGGUGGGCAAUGAGAAGGAAAUAAGACGCGAGGAAUUUAAUAAUAUUGUCACUUCGAAAAAUCCAUUCUUCACUGAUAGGGCGUUCGAAAUAUUUGAUAAAGACAACUCUGGUGCCAUAUCUCUUCAGGAGUUUCUGGACGCAAUGCAUCAGUUCGCAGGAAAAAGUCCUGACGAUAAAAUCAAAUUUCUGUUUAAAGUUUACGAUAUUGACGGUGAUGGAUUAAUUCAACUUCGUGAAUUGGAACACGUGAUGAGGGCUUGCAUGGAGGAAAAUGGAAUGGAAUUCAGCGAGGAACAAAUCAAGGAAUUAACUGUGGCGCUAUUCGAGGACGCUGACCAAUCGAAUCGAGGAGCGAUCACCUACGAAGCGCUAAAAAAUCAGUUAAAGAAGCACGAGGGUUUAUUAGAAAAUCUUUCGAUCAGUAUCGACCGAUGGCUGGUUCCACCGAAGCCGAAAGCGAAACAGAAAUCGUUGUUUGGAUCGUUCGCAUCAUUACGGCCUUAUCAAUUCACGAAACCGUAUAUGAAGAACAAUUACGUUUAUCUCGCUUUUAUCGGUGCUUUCAUUUUCGUUAAUGCUGCCCUGUUUAUUUCAAGACUUUGCGAGUACAGGCAUUCGAACGGCUACGUCAUGCUUGCUCGGGCUUGUGGUCAGUGUCUGAAUUUUAACUGCAGCUUCAUCCUGGUUCUUAUGUUACGCCAGUGCAUUACCUUUCUUCGAACACACUCUUUUAAUUCUGUACUUCCGUUGGAUCAACACAUUUACCUUCACAAGGUAACGGGUGUUUUAAUUGGCGCCUUCAGUGUAGUGCACACACUGAUGCAUCUUCUCAAUUUCGGUACGGUCGUUGUAUACGAUGAAGUGCUCAAUUUUAAAAAUUACACUACAUACGAGUGGCUGUUGACGAGCCGUCCAGGACGAUUUGGUCUCGUACAAGGCUAUGCAAACCCAAUUGGGAUCAUUCUUGUCAUUAUUCUUACCAUAAUGACGGUGUGCUCGAUGCCGUUCGUUCGUCGUGGUGGAUGUUUCGAGAUAUUUUACUGGUCCCACUUACUCUACAUACCUUUCUGGAUAUUAACGAUUUUCCAUGGACCGAAUUUUUGGAAAUGGUUCAUCGGUCCAGGCACAUUGUGCCUGAUAGAAAAGGUUCAUCGGAUUGCUUGGACCCGAUCGCAGCUCGGGAAAACGUACAUAAGUUCCGGUCUCCUGUUGCCUUCGAAAGUGACGCACUUAGUCAUCAAAAGACCGCUUCAGUUCAGUUUUAAUCCUGGCGAUUAUGUUUUCGUGAACGUUCCCGCUAUUGCUCGCUACGAGUGGCAUCCUUUUACCAUCAGCAGCGCGCCAGAGCAAGAAGAUUAUAUAUGGCUUCAUAUUCGAGCAGUCGGUGAAUGGACGAACAGAUUGUAUUCAUAUUUUGAGAAUGAACAAAUGAAACUUCAAGCGGGAAGUAUAUUUUCAGAAGAAGAUUGCAGUAGCAAGAGUGUUCCUAAAAAUGUGUACCUUAAUAAAAAACAGGAUUUAAUUCCAAAUAUGAAAAUGUCUUCAAUGUCAUCGAAAGAUCAUCAAGGUCUUGAUAAUCCAGCCUUUGUCUCCGAUAGUGGCAGCGUCAAUUGUUUGCCUCAAAGUACAAAUGGUUUACCUGACAGUAGUAAAGUGUCCAAGGAAGGAAGGCUUCACCGUUUACUGCUUCACAGCAAAAUCCCAUUAAAAAAGUCUAUCUCAGUACCUGACAUGGAAACGAGAAGAAAAAAGAGAGACAGACUAAAUGUACUUCGCGAAUACAUGAGGUCCGAAUCAGAGAGGAACUUUAACGAAAGUCAAAUGCAAUGUGCACGAUUGAAAUCCCUAGAACAGGCUUAUUUAAGCCCACAAAAUAAAAACAUAGCUCAAAGUUUUCGAUAUAUGAGAACUAAACCUACUAUAAUUGCUUUUAAGACUCCAAGCAUGACGAAUUAUGAAUACGAAGUAGGAAUGUCUACAAGCAACGACACAAUUUCAGAAAUAAAUAAAGACAAGUACAAAAAUUUGUCGUCCAAAUUAGCCACGAUGCAAGUAGCAGCGGAAGAAGGUAGAUUAUCGUCAAAAUCGGACGAAAUAUUAAAUGGAAGUAUGGAAAACGCUAAGUCAGAUAUUUCUUCCGAUUCGCAUCUGAAUUAUUUAGGAAAACCAUUAGAGAUUUUCCUGGACGGACCGUACGGCGCUCCUUCAAGUCACAUAUUCCAAGCGCAACACGCGGUUUUAAUUGCAACCGGGAUCGGAGUCACACCGUUCGCUUCGAUAUUACAAUCCAUCAUGCAUCGUUAUUGGAAAGCCAGACACAUGUGUCCGCAAUGUAAAUUUUCCUGGGCUAGCGAUAUUCCGUCCACUGUAAUGCACUUGAGAAAGGUAGAUUUCUUUUGGAUUAAUAGAGAUCAGAGGUCAUUCGAGUGGUUCGUGAACUUAUUAUCUCAAUUAGAAAUGGAACAAGCAGAGCUUGGUGUCGCCAUGGAACAUUUCCUCGAGAUGCACAUGUACAUUACUAGCGCACUGCAAAAGAACGACAUGAAAGCUGUCGGACUGCAGUUAGCUAUGGAUUUGCUUCAUGCAAUGGAGAAACGUGAUCUUAUAACAGGUUUAAAAACAAGGACAAACGCUGGCCGACCGAACUGGGAUAAAGUUUUUAAACAGCUCAAAGACAAGAAAAAGGGAAAAGUGACGGUAUUUUACUGUGGCCCACCACAAUUAGCGAAGAUUUUGCGUUACAAAUGCGGUCAGUUUGGUUUCCAUUUUAGAAAAGAAUCUUUCUGAACUUGAAAUAUGACGUCGACGUGUUAAUUACAUCGCUUUUUAUUUAAAUUACUUAUACGUCACUCUAAUAAACUCAUCGAUCACCAUUUUACCAAUUGAAAACAAAAUGUAAUGAAAUUUUAAUUGUACCGUACAAUUCCACGUUAUUGUUAUUUAUUUUUUCAGAAAUUAAUGUAGAUA